CUUAAACAGACAUAGGUAUGGGAUUAGCCGGUUUCUACACACAUUGACAGGAAAACACCUAACGAUGACCACACUCUGACAGCCUUGGGACACAAACAGGUGCCUUUUCCCUUUUGUGUUCCUGUUGACAAAACGGUCGUCAUGGCGUCCCUGGAGGAGGAGUUGACGUGUUCAGUGUGCCGCGACGUCUUCAGCCAGGCCCAGACCUUGCCGUGCGGCCACAGCUUCUGCCCAGCAUGUGUGCGAGACGCCUGGGGCCACGGGGAGGCGGGGGUCAGGGGUCGCUUCACCUGCGCACAGUGUCAGGAGGAACAGGGGGUUGUGGCGUGUGACUGCUGCCCCCCUGUGGGGGAUGGGGACCAGUCUGGGAAUGCUGUGGCGGUGAAGACCUGUCUGCGCUGUGAGGUGUCUCUGUGUGCCGAGCACCUGAAGCCCCACCUGGAGCGGCCCGCCUUCAAGACACACCUGCUAGUGGAACCUCUGGGAGACCUGUCCCACCGCAGGUGUCCUGCCCAUGAGGAGAUGUUCCGCUACUACUGUGCAGACGAGCGUGUGUACGUGUGUGCAGACUGUUUAUUGGAGGGUGGCCACACACAGCACCGGGUUAAAGGACUGAGGAAGGUGGAGGAGGACCUGAAGGUAAUCCUCCAGAGCCUUCUCCAGAAAGCAGAUGAGAAGCUGAAUAAAGGUGAACAGAUCCUCCAAGAGCACUGGAAUACUGACCACACUAUAACAGACUUGUCUGUGGCAGAUGACUCCCAGGUGGAGCGUAUGGGUAUAGCCCUGCAGCUGCAGGUGGAGAGGCUGGUGCUGGCCCUGAGGGAGAGCACCAGGAAAGAGAGGCAGCAGGCUGUGGAUCGCCUCCAGAACAACUGCAGCAGGGUUCGAGAGGACCUGAGCCAGACCCGGGACAUCCACCAUUACCUGGGCUCCUUGCUGGAGGAGACAGACCCCUUCCUGCUCAUUUGGGCAUUUCAAUCUGAUGACUCAAGGCUGCUUGCGGACCUGAAUUGUCCCUUGUUCACUCCUGACUCCCUCAGCCUGGACAGGAAGUAUAUUAUGGAGGAUAUCGAGAGCAAGUACAGAGAGUUCAUCACCGAGACACUGCGCUGUCUCACCGAACUCAAGAGGGAGCUCUUAACAAGUCCGUUGACUCUGGACACUAACUCUGCCCAUCCUCUCCUGAGCAUUUCGGACGGCCUGCGGUCAGCCAUGCGGGUCAAACAGCGCCUUCCGUGUGCCACUCACCCUGACCGCUUUGACCACUGGGCUCAAGUCCUGACCGUCCAGACCUUCUCCUCAGGAACUCAUUACUGGGAGCUGGAGGCAGAGGGCUUCUGGGACAUUGCGGUGUCCUACCGGAGCAUCGGGCGGAAAGGGAAGGAGGGCACUGCCUUUGGAAAUAACAAGAUGUCUUGGAGCCUGACGCAGCAGCACGACAGGAAGCUGGCUGCCUGGCACAACCGCAGGAAGACCCGCCUUUCCAGCCGGAUGUCAGGCAACCGUGUGGGUGUGGCCCUGGAUUAUGGCAUGGGCACAAUCACAUUCUCGGAGGUGGGGCCUUCCAACACCCUGACCCACUUGCACACCUUCAGCACCUCCUUCAACCAGCCUGUGUGCCUAGGCUUUGGCCUCUACAAGGCUGAGCUCCACAGCAGAAUCUCUAUAGUGAGGGUGUGAGGGAUCAUUCGAGACCAGAGAAUAAAAAAAUUAUAUUUCUAUAGCUGGGACACCUUCGGGGUGGGCCUCAGGGAUGGAGACUUUGUGUGGAGGUUUCUUUCUGGAACGUCUCCCAGGAUCUCAUGAGGGAUUGGACUAUGAACAAAAGAGCUUGUGUGAGCAUGAAUGUAUGUAAGACUACAUUCUUACAGCAUUCAGGACUUGAAAUACUUUGAACUAUGACUUUGAAUCAGUAAGGAAUGGAUGUGAAUGUCCUAAUUUUGUCACAGUUUAGGGGAAUUUGAAAGACCCAAGUAACUUGGACCCAAGGCAGAGGGUUUUUUGAUCAAAUACAUCCAAACUACAGGACAAUAUUCUUAAAGAAUUAUAAAAGUACACAUUCAGUUGAUAGUUCUAGAUUAAUGUGGUGUAACAGCUAUGGGGUCCCAUUCCCUUUCACAAGUUUGUUUAGACAAUUUUUUUUAUGCAUACAAUAAUCAAUAUGCGUUCUAUGUGGCACCCAUGUACCAAGCUAAAUACCAUAAAUGAUGUUUAGAAAAGGUGGAAGGGAUGUGGACUGAACCAUAUUGUAAUAUAGAUGACAAAAUCAUUAGGCAUUAGAAGCUUUCACAAAGGUUAAAUUACACUGAGUGUACAAAACAUCAUGAACACCUUCCUAAUAUUGAGUUUCACCCCCUUUUGCCCCCUCAGAACAGCCUCAAUUUGUCGGGCAUGGACUCUACAAGGUGUCGAAAGCAUUCCACAGGGAUGCUGGCCCAUGUUGACUCCAAUGCUUCUGACUGUUGUCAUGUUUUGCUAGAUGUCCUUUGGGUGGUGGACCAUUUUUUUUAUACACACAGGAAACUGAAAAACCCAGCAGUGUGAAAACCCCAGCAGGGUUGCAGUUCUUGACACACAAACUGUUGUGCCUGGCACCUACUACCAUACCUUGUUCAAAGGCACUUAAAUAUUUUGUAUUGCCGAUUCACACUUAGAAUGGCACAUAUACACAAUCCAUGUCUCAAUUGUCUCAAGGCUUACAAAUCCUUCUUUAUCCUGUCUCCUCCUUUUCGUCUACACUGAUUGAAGUGACGGCAAUAAUGGAUCAUAGACUGAGCAGGUGAAUCUAUGUCAUGAAAAGAGCAUGUGUUCCUAAUGUUUUGUACACUCCUUUUACGUAGGCUAUUAUAUUGAAAAGUAUUCACUUGAAGAUGGUCAAGGUAUGACCUUCAACAAAAUAACCUUCAAUAUUGAAACAUCUCAGAUGCAAUACUUUCACUGGCACUUUUCAUUUAUAGAGAAAAAAUGAGUGAGAGUGAGAGAGAGCCGUGGGUCCUCUGGCAUGGCUAUUUAGAUGUGUGUUUCAAAGGGAGGUGUCUGAUACUGUAGAAUGGGAGAACAGAGAAGAGAGAUGUUACAGGGAAUGUGUUGCUAUCACUCCAUCUCUAAGGACAAAUGACUGACUUCAACUGAUAUGGAAAGCAAGGAGGACACCUUUCAAACUGUAACAGGUGAUAUCAUCAUCUCUUUUUUUAUUAUUAACAUAAACCUAGACUCCAGGAUUGUAUUACAGUACUCAGUGAAUAAAUGCCUAGUUUUGCAAAUCCCUACAUUGUUUGUGUUUAAAAUCUCAGAUCAUUCAGGAAAACUGUUCAUCUACUGACUGUUUAUUGAAUAUUGGGGACCAACUCUAUGAAACAUACCGUGUGGACCAACUCUAUGAAACAUACAGUGUUGGGUCCGUGUGAGGAAGUGCGUGGGUGCUUGAAGAGCGUGUGUAAGGUUGUUUUAAAAGGUUGUUUAUAACCAGGUUAAUCACUAAUGUCAUAGUUUAAAAGAUUGUUUAUAACAGGUUAAUCACUAAAGUCAAAGAGUGACCAUCAGAGAUGUCCAUGUAUUUUUACACUUGAAUUUACAAAAUGUAGAGAGAUUAUUUUAGGAAAGGGAAUCACAUAAACAGAGUAUAAAGUCUAAAAUGUUGUUCUAUGUGUAACUGCCAAAAUAAAGGAAACAUCAAUUUAGUGUCUUAAUAGGGCGUUGGGCUACGAUGAGUUGCCAAAACAUGUGCCUUGUCAAAGAUUCUACAAGUGUUGGAGGGAUGCGAUACCAUUAUUCCACAAGAAAUGCCAUAAUUUGGUGUUUUGUUGAUGGUGGUAGAAAAAGCUGUCUCAGGGGCCACUCCAGAAUCUCCUGUAACCCUCUCCCAUAAGAUUGUGUGACUGAGACGGCCAAGGCAUAUCGUGAAACAUCAGCAAGUCAAGCAGUCUUCGUCACUAAAACCACUGCCAAACGUGCACUAACAAUCACCCCUCUUUCAAAGUCACUUGAGAUCUCUUCUCGCCAUGGUAGCCAAAAUAAUGGGCAACUGGGCCUGCCCAGCAUUUUUAUACAUGACCCUAAGCAUGAUGGGAUGUUAAUUCCACACCUGUGUGGGAGCACCUGCUUUCAAUAUACUUUGAAUUCCUCAUUUGCUCAAGUGUUUCCUUUAUUUGGGCAUUUACCUCUAUGUAUACUAUCAAUACUGGAUUCAGUGCCAUCUUCUCUGUGUGAUUUACAGUAACCAUAUAUUUAGUUGUGAAAAGAUAAACACCUGAGGAAUUAAGUGAGUGAAUGAAAGAGAAGGACAGAGACACUAAGUGAUAACAUGGUGGGUGAGAGGAGGAGGGGGGGCAUGUUGAACGUCAGGAGGGAGUUGCUCCCUCACUCCCUCUUUCUUUCUCACUAUCUCCUGGAUUUGACAUCCUCCCCUGGUCCCCCACUAACAAUAUUCUCCUCUUCAAAAGCUUUUCUGGUAGCCAAUGCCAAGAUUCCUCACAGGUGCCCUAUCUUUACCUUUCUCAAUUUAUCCCUCCUCCCUCCCUUUUUCAUUCUCUC